AUGAUUUCUCAAGCAUUGUUAAGAUAGGAAACCAAAAAGCAAUAACUAAUAUCUAGACCAUCUUCAAAAAAUAAAAAAUUUCUCCCUGAAAUUAUUCAAAAUCCCUCUACUAUUUAAUUACAAAAACAAUAACACAGCAUCUUCAAUCCUUCAAAGAAUAUGGAAUCACUCAAUUUACAUAAAAUUACUAAUUAUGAACCUGCCGUUGAACAAUACACAUCUAGAAUUGAAUUACAAAGAAAAGAACUUAUAAGAGAGAUAUUUAGAUAAGAAAAAAAAUAAUCUAUACCCAAAUCUUUUAUUAAAUAAUAAUGUGAAUAAACUCAUCGUAACAUAUUUAAAAAAGAAGAUAGUCCUUUUGAUUAGUAAAUGUAAUUAAAAAGUAUACUUAAAAGAAAAACUUCAAACAGUCGUGAACAUACUAAUAUAUUUGAUUUCUUUGAACUUGAUAAUAAAGAUUUCAAAUAAUAAUAAUAAUAAUAAUCAUAAUAAUAAUAAUAAUAAUAAAAAUCCAAUUUCAAUAGACUAAAACAUAAUAAACAGGUUUCUUUAUAACCAAUUCAAAAAGAAGAUUACUCACCUACGAUUAAUCCUGGAAAGAAAAUAGUUUCUUUUAAUAAACAAAUCUAAAUUAAGGUUAUUGAUCCUAAUGAAGAAAAACCAAAAUCAAAUUAAAAGUCUUUUAGAAGAUUGUAUACUGUAGCAGAUCUAUUAGAUAAAUCAUGA